UGUCUAUUUUUCGCUGUGCUGUGUGACGUGAUGUGCGAUCAUUAACCGCUAAUUUUGCGUGAAAUACUUUUAAUUUUCAUAACGUAAUGAGCGUUAACAAUUUCGACGAUGUGCAUCCUUUAUCCAGUGGCCUGGACGAAGUGGAUAGUCCUCGGAAACGUAUGCGUAUUGAAAGCCCAGCACGCAAAAGUUGGAGCUUAACGGACAGGAAAACUGAUCAGGAGGUGUUGCAAGAGAUGGGAGUUAGUUUUUUAGAUUCAGAUGAAAAUGAGCAGCCUUGUGAAACGGAAACAGUGGGCAGUCCACUUAAACCCAACCUCAAGCGGAAACAUGACAUAGAGAAUGUGAACCCGAACGUGAACAGUAUCACUUCACCGCGCUCCAAGUACAGCCCCCGGAGCCCCCGAGGCAAGAUAUGCAGCCCCAGCCCGGGGCCGUCUAAAGCCAAGAGCCCUAGGAGCUGUGAGAAAUCAAAACCCCUGCACCCGACGGACCUGGAAUCCACACUGCUCCACGACUAUGUGAUCGAGGAGGAGACCCCGAUGGGACAGUCAGUGGCCGGGGCUCCGCGGUACCUGCCCGCGUCGCCGGGGCAGUCCCCGCUGUCCAUAUACACCGACACCAAGGACGGACAGGAUAAGGAUGUCUGCCAGUCUAGCUUGCUAGACUAUGUGAUCGAGGAGGAGACCCCGAUGGGCCAGUCAGUGGCCGGGGCUCCGCGGUACCUGCCCGCGUCGCCGGGGCAGUCCCCGCUGUCCAUAUACACCGACACCAAGGACGGACAGGAUAAGGAUGUCUGCCAGUCACCCAUAGCCGAGCUGCAACUGGCGAACUACCAGACCGGCGUAGAUUCCUUCUCAGUAUUAUCAGAUGAGAUGAUGCUUAGUGUCUUCCGGUGGCUCCCAAAGAGGACCCUGGCGCACUGCAUGCUGGUCUGCAAAAGGUGGCAUCGUGUGGCGUGCGACGAGACGCUGUGGCAGAGACUGGACUUAGGCAACAAGACUCUCAACAAGAACGCUCUAGGAAGGAUACUAGGACGAUUACCGGUCAUAGUUCGCCUUGCGAGCUCAGAGAUCUCAGAAUGGCACCCGACCUCACCGCCGGAGCAGUCUCGAGUCCAGUACUUGGACCUCAGCAUGAGCACCAUAGACCCGCGCACCCUGGACUGCCUUCUAGAACGGUGCGGGGGCGUCAAGAAACUCAGCCUAGAGAGUAUUAAAGUGCAGGAUAGCACCUGCCAACUUAUUGGCAAAUGUAGUAAUUUAGAAACGUUGAAUUUGACGAUGGCGCAAGGGGUCUCCGCCGAAGGACUGACUGCGAUACUAGAAGGCUGUGUUAGUUUACAAUCGUUGAACAUAUCUUGGUGCAACCUGAGCGAAGCGGCGCUUACGGUGCUGGUGUCAAAACUGCCGCAAAAACUGCAGCGGCUGAACCUGGGCGGCGCGAGGAUUAUGACGGAUGACAUGGUGGCGACCCUAUGCUCCCGGGGCUCCCGACUGCUUGAGCUGGACCUGUCCGACUGCUCCCGACUGGGGGCCAAAGCGGUGACCUCAGUAGCUUUGCUGCCUCGGUUAGAGCACCUCGCUCUGAGUCGGUGCUAUCUGCUGCCUCCUCAUGUGCUGACCAAGCUGAGCAGUAUGCCGUCACUGCAGUAUCUAGAGGUGUGGGGGAUGCUGCAGACUGCAUCACUGAAUGCCUUGAGAGCCGCCCUGCCCGCCAUACAAGUCAACCAGUUCAUGUUCAGUGCGAUAGCGCGGCCGACCGUCGGCGCCAGAAGAACAUCUAUUUGGGGACUAAGGACCAGAGACUGACUUACACAUGAAAUAUAUUAUUUUAUUAUCACUCUUCCAACUUUAGAUUAAUAAAGGGACAUUACAUGAGAAUGUCGCUUACGAAAUGAUGAUGAUGAUGACCUUAAACUGGAAAUCGUAAUUUAAGACCAAAAAAAGUAAGACAAUGUUGCCAGUGUUGCCACUGCAA